CAUUGGAUUCAACCCGAUCAGUUCCGAAAAGUGCUAAUUACAGAUGCCAUGGAUUCGCUCUCCGUGGGGCCAGUUCAGUAUUCGUCUUUAGAAGCAGACGAGUUCGAUGACGGGAACAGCGCGGAUGACAUCGACGAGGUCGAGGAGGCGCCUGAGACGAGCCGCACCACGGGGGUGCCUCCCGAGGGCAGCCUGAAGCAACAGAUCUGCCAGGGACGCUUUGAGGCUUGGGUGUCGCAGAUGAAGUUAGGGCAUAACCCCUUGGUCUACGAGCUUUACAAGCGAUUGGAACUUCUAUCGCAUUCGGUGACCAAUUCCUCGGUACGCUGUCUCUUAGUGGAAUUCUCCAUCGCUGGAAUGCAUGGUGUCUACAAGCAGAGUUCUUGCUUCGAUCCCACGUCACCCACAUGGCUCCUGAACUCAGAGUCCAACAAAAUGGAGCAGAUCCCAAACCUGGUGGUAGACUGGACCUUGGAUGACGAGCUCCUCAUCUCUUCCCGGUACUACACCGGCGCCGAGCGCCGUGGACCCUAUGUGGACGAGAGCCGGCUCAGUGAGCGAUUCGGGUCCGACACCAUCCGAGCACUGGGAGGCUUGAACCGCUUGUUGCAAUUCCUCGGGCUGAUUUGUGCAGACGCUGGGGCGCCAGAGGCCUACACAAGGCAUUUGCCCUUCGGAGGCAUCCCACAUCGCAUUCUGGCGGCGUGAGAGGCCUCUUUUGUGAGUCCGUAGUGCUCAACGGGGAGCGGAGCUGCGGAGCUGCGCGGGGGCGGCUGGAGGCCAAGGGUGGAGAGUUCAGCGGACGGCUGGUGUUGAUUUCUCAUGCUGAGUGCCAGAAUGAUGGAUGGAUGACAAUGUAGAUUCUGUGGGCCCUCGCUUGUGCAGCGAUUCAAGUAGGCUGUAGACACAGCUGCACCUGUAAGAUAGUUGCAUCUUUUGCAGAGCCAGGAUCUCACAGGUACCGUCCACGAUGUGUUCCAGGCAUCUGUGCCGUG